UCUCUCAACUGUGUGCGACGGCGCCGGGGUCUCUUACGAAUCGACGGUGACAACGCGACGGUGGAGGGCUCAUCUUCUCCGAUCAGAGCUCUUCUCACUCUCUUCGUCUUCGACUCAAUCUCCUUGCUCACUUUUCCGAAUCAAAUUCUUUGUGGCUCUCGUUUCAAGUUCAGUGUCGUGAUUGUGUCGACCAUGCGAGAUUUGGAGCGAGCGUUGUUGUUUGUGAUGAUGACGACGUUGAAGAUUGAAUGUGCAGUGGUGUUGUUGACGCAAGAAACGCAGAUGGAAUCUCCCGAAGGUUGGGAAUUACGCAGCGCUUUUGAAGGCGGUGAAGAUGAUGAUGAAAGCCGGACGAAGUUGUUUGCAAAGGUGAUGUUGGAGCGAUGUGAUUCGAUGACAUCCGCAACGAGAGAUUCAAGUUGGACAUCUUUGAUGCAAAACAAGAUAGAUGCACAAUAUUAUAAGCAGUUUGAUGGUGGCAGGGACGUGACAAGGUCAAAAUGCAUCGCAUGGCAAGAAGAAGGUUGACGUUGACCCAAAAGUCAGCUGUCGAUUAAAGUCAUCCUCAUGUAAAUCAUAAAGGUUUCUCCUUUUUUGUGUAUUCUUCAAUGUAAUUUCACUUCUUGUAAUGGAUUCUUGAAUUUUGUA